AUGGUGAUUUCUGUUCGCCGAUUCCCUCAGCUAAGGACCCUUACAAGGGCAUCUUUCCAUACGUCUACCAAUCGCAAGGCUCUCGGCGCUCUUGCUCUCCCAAAGGCUGAGCAAAUAUCCGCGAACUGGAAGGGAACCAGCGCAACGGGAGGCUCCACCAAGAACUUCGUUGGGGGCGAGUUUGUAGAAAGCAAAACCACGGAAUGGAUUGAUGUUCACGACCCCUCAACCCAAACAGUCCUUACCAGGGUUCCCCAAACGACAGAGUCUGAGUUCAAGGAUGCGGUAGAUGCUGCGUCAGAAGCUUUCAAGACCUGGAGUCGAACUAGCGUCGUCACUCGUCAACGAUUUGUGUUAGAGUUACAGCAUCUCUUGCGUCAGAACGCGGAUGCCAUUGCAAACAGCAUUGUCCUGGAGCAGGGAAAGACCCUUGCAGAUGCGUAUGGUGACCUUCUGCGAGGCCUACAAGUUGUCGAGACUGCCGCUGGAAUAACAUCCACUCUUCUGGGAGACAAGAUUGAAGUGAGCAAGGACAUGGACACAGAAGUUCGGAGAGUGCCUCUCGGUGUCUGCGCAAGCGUUGCACCGUUCAAUUUCCCGGCAAUGAUCCCUCUUUGGACCAUACCUAUGGCUGCUGUAACUGGAAACACACUCAUCUUGAAGCCCUCAGAACGUGAUCCAGGAGCUGCGAUGAUGAUUGCUGAGCUUUGCCAACGAGCUGGCCUGCCUCCUGGCAUUCUAAAUGUUGUUCAUGGCGGCAUUCCAACUGUCAACGCCAUCUGUGGCGACCCCGCAAUCAGAGCAAUUAGCUUCGUAGGCGGCGAUAAAGCUGGCAAGCAUAUAUACGAAAGGGGAACACAAAAUGGCAAGCGCGUUCAGGCCAAUUUGGGCGCUAAAAACCAUGCUAUUUUGAUGCCGGAUGCCAACAGGAAUCUGGCUAUUAACUCUAUUGUGGGGGCUGCAUUUGGUGCCGCGGGCCAACGUUGCAUGGCGCUUUCUGUCGCGGUUGUCGUUGGAGAUGCCUCCUCAUGGGUGCCUGAUAUUCUUGAGCGUGCCAAGGCACUGCAAGUCAAUGGAGGGUUUGAGCCAGGUGCUGAUCUAGGACCUUUGAUCUCGCCCUUCGCCAAGGACCGAGUCACUGGACUCAUCGCGUCAGCAGAAGAGGACGGUGGAAAGAUCCUUUUGGACGGGCGGGAAUUGAAGGCUCCGGAGAAGUAUCCUUAUGGCAACUUCGUUGGCCCGACUAUCAUCCAAGGUGAUACAUCAAUGAAGUGCUACCAACAAGAAAUCUUUGGUCCUGUCUUGGUCGUUCUGGAAGCUGAAACCCUUGAUGAUGCCAUCGAAAUCAUCAACAAAAACAGAUACGGCAAUGGCGCUGCCAUCUUCACGCAAUCGGGUGCCACUGCCAGACGCUUCGAAACUGAGGUUAACGUUGGUCAGCUUGGAAUUAACGUCCCCAUUCCAGUUCCUUUGCCAAUGUUCGCCUGGAGUGGUAAUAAGGGCAGUGUCCUUGGAGACAUCGGCUUCUACGGCAAGAGUGGUAUCAACUUCUACACCCAAAACAAGACUACUACCAGUCUCUGGAAAGCAGAGGACGCUGUGGGCAACCGUGCUUCCGUCAACAUGCCUACCCCCCAUUAA